UUUUCAGGCAAACCUCCUCAGCUUUUCCCCUUGUACUUCUGCAGCCCCAUGGUGUUCAGAAGUGAGAAGUGCAACUUUUGAGCCCAUCCGGUGACUCUUGGCUCCGACCAAUUUACAAUUUUAAUUUAUGAAUAAAACAAAAAAGAAUCAAAAGAAAAUGUCGCAGAACAACAAGAGGCAAGUGCAGCAUAAUCACGAGAUGUCUAAUGAUGUGUGUCCUUUGCCACUACCGCCACGUGGCGCUCCGCCUCCAACCGCAUACCACGCAAGUCGAAUGGCUGCAACUUCAUCCUCAACCAACGGAUCUUUCGAAAAGUCAGCGAUUCCAGGAAAUGCACGAAAACUUCACGUGGUGAUUGUGAUUGAUCAGAAAGUGCAAAAGAAUUUACGCGUUCGAGAAAUGGCUCUGAAAGAUGUACAGAAAGUGGCAGACACAUUGAAUGUUAAUUUAACGCGCAUCGAUUUUGACAAAUUGGACUUUGGCGAAACAGAAACUCUGGAUCUAUUCUACAAUGCUGACGUGGCACUUGUUGAUGUUACGGUAACCCAUCAACAACCAAGUCUUUGUUAUCAUAUUGGAGUUCGUGAGAGCAUGGGACAGUCAUACAAUAUGAUACUCACUUAUUGGUCUCCUGAUCCAGAAUAUCAUAUUAUGGAUGCUUUGAAGAAAACUCAUGCACAUCUUCCAAUGAUUGUAUAUAUUCAUCAUCAAGAUUCAAAUCAAUUGCAGAGUUAUGAUAAGAAUAAUAACGAUGAUGAUUCAAAACCUCCAUUUGCUAGAACAAAUGUUCCAGCAAAAACAAUAACUUUUCAACAUCGAAUGAAACAAGUUUUGAAAAGUGUUCAAGUGGAAGCAUCAGCACAUUCUCGCGAGAAGUUCAUGUCGGAUUUGCGAAAAGCUCGUGAAAUCACAGAUGGAGAUCAGAAGAAUGAUUAUCUUGAUAAAAUGAGAACAAGACUUGAUAAUCCGGAUGUAUUACAUCCAGAUACCGUAUCCCUUAUGAUGCUCUCUUAUCGUGAUAAUCAGAAUUAUGGAGGAAUGAUUCGUCUUGUUGAUGAUUUGAAAAGAAUUCCGGAUUGUUUGAAAGUUGUAGACACGCCGGUUAUUCGAUAUCAGUAUGCGUUUGCUCUGAACCGAAGAAACAAGGAUGGGGACCGUGAUUUGGCAUUAAAUACCGUACUCAGUUUGGUGGAGGGAACAACUGAAAACGAAGAGAAGAAUGGCCCAUUGAGUCCAGACGUUGUUUGUCUUGCUGGCCGUAUCUACAAAGAUAAAUUCAUUGCAUCCAACUACGAAGACCGUGAAAGCCUGAACAGUGCAAUUGAAUGGUAUCGCCGUGCAUUCGAAAUGUCACCUCUGGAAUAUUCAGGAAUAAAUCUGACAACUCUUCUUCGAGCAAGUGGAGAACACUUUGAGAAUAAUCUCGAAAUGCAGCAAAUCGCUGUUGUCCUCAACUCGUUGCUCGGACGGAAAGGGGCACUUCAGAACCUAAUGGAAUAUUGGGAUGUGGCAACUUAUUUCGAAGUUUCUGUUCUAGCAGAGAAUUACCAGAAAGCAUGUGAAGCAGCUUUGAUGAUGGUCAAGUUGAAACCUCCAGUUUGGUAUUUAAAGUCUACGAUGGAAAAUAUCAAAUUAAUAAAUCGAUGUGCAGCAACAAUCAGUCCAAUCGAGAAGGAGAAGCAACAAUUCCUUUUCUGGAGUGAAUUCUUCAUGGAGGCAACUGAGGCAGACACUGAUAUUAGUUGCCCAAGAUACCCAGUACUUAUUCUGGAACUCAAUAAGGAAUUCACACCUUCUUAUCUGACUCUGAAUAAUGAAGAGGGAACAGUAAUUCUGAGUCAUGUUCUGGAAAACAGCCAACAGAAAAAGAUUCAUCAAUCCGAGUUGAGAGGUAUACAUCGAUGGCAUUUUGCAAGGAAUAAUAUCAAAGCAGUGACUGAAUCGAAACGAGAUGAUCGUCAAUUAUUCCUUUAUGUUCAUGAAAAUUCAGAUGAUUUCAACCUUCUGUUCCCGACAAAGGCUCAUUGCAAAAAAGCCUACGAUGACAUGAAAUCAAUGGCCGAUGUUGCUGAUGGAAACUACCAAGGAAGAGUACUAAGCAAUCCGGAUAAUGAGAAGAUCAGAUUCGAGUAUGAAUUGAGUAAUUCAAAUGAGCGUGUCGUUCUUGGAAAAGGAACCUAUGGAACUGUGUACGCUGCACGAGAUAUGGAUACUCAGCGACAAAUUGUUGUAAAAGAAAUUGAAGUGAAGUAUGAUGAGGAAGUACAACCGUUGAUGGAAGAAAUAAGUCUUCAUUCCACGUUGUGCCAUGCUAAUAUUGUACAAUAUCUUGGAUGUGAUUUGGUUGGAAAAGAUGGCUCAAAUGAUCACUUUUUGAUUUUUAUGGAGCAUGUUCCUGGAGGAUCACUCAGUUCAUUGCUUCGUUCCAAGUGGGGUCCAAUGAAUGAAAAUGCGAUGAACUACUACGGGAAGCAAAUUCUGGAGGGUCUUAAGUAUCUUCACGAGCUAAAAAUUGUGCAUCGAGACAUCAAAGGAGACAAUGUUCUUGUGAACACUUACUCGGGAGUCUGCAAAAUUUCCGAUUUUGGAACAUGCAAACGUCUUGCUGGGCUGAAUCCAGUAACCGAAACUUUCACUGGAACUCUUCAGUAUAUGGCUCCAGAAGUUAUCGAUCAUGGACAACGUGGAUAUGGUGCACCUGCAGAUAUUUGGUCAUUUGGGUGUACAAUGGUUGAAAUGGCAACUGGGCGGCCUCCGUUUGUUGAGAUGCAGAAUCCGCAGGCGGCAAUGUUCAGAGUUGGAAUGUUCAAAACUCAUCCUCCAAUUCCAACGGAAAUUACUGAAAAGUGUAGAAACUUUAUCAAAAGUUGUUUCUUGCCAGAAGCAUGUGAUCGUCCAUCAGCAAAAGAUCUUCUCCAAGAUCCAUUUAUUUAUCACAACCAUCAUUCUAUUUCAAGAACGCGUAGCGGCUCGAUCAACAAGAAACCUGCCACCAAAAUCGAGUUGAAUCAUGACAAGGAAAAGAAGGAAAAAUCGAAAAAUCAACGAGAAAUGCUCCGUUCAACAUCGCAUAUCGGUGGAAUGGGAGUUGUUGAAAGAUCUCCACCAACACCUGAACCAAUGUCAGCCACUCUUACUGCUGGAUUCUCUCAUGUUCACAGUCAAACUGUAUCGAAUGCAUUGUCAACUGCACGAGAAGAAAAGAAGCUUCAUCUCAAGAUUGAUCAUGCAAGGAAUCGAACAUUCAGUUCAAGUAGUCCAGUACCAGAUGGUCAAUCAUCUGCUGGAACUAAUAUGUCUCAUCCUGGAUUCCAAUUGAGUCAGCCAUCAAGUCCUAUUGUCGAUGAUACAAAUCACCCUCAUUUGAUUGUCUCUCCAAUUUCUCUGAAUACAAUGGGAUCUCCACUUUCAUCAGCUGCACUUCUCAAUCGAACAAUUUCCGAUGAAAGUUCCAAUAGUUCAAGUCGAUUCUUCAUGCUUCAAAAGGAUUCAGAACGUAGAAGAUCCUUGGGACAAUUCAUGCAAGAUUACAAAGACUUGAUCAUUGACUCUUGGAGCACAUUGCUCAUUAAACAAAGUGACACGGAACUCGUAGUGACUGUCUAUAUGUUGGAAAUGUUACUUGAUGGAAUGAGAGAUUUCUUGUUGAAAAAGGAUAAUACAAAGAUGCAAAAAAUGAUUGAUGAUAUUCGAGGUCUUUUGGAUUAUGAUACUGCUAAAAUUGGCCAGAUAAACCUUGCUCUCUACCACUUCUCCGAUUCAAUUCAACCUGUUCUCCGUCGCCUUGAUAUAAAGCCUCAUUGGAUGUUUGCACUUUCAAAUCUAAUCACUUCAGCCGUUCAAUGUGCCAUUUCAAUUCUAAGUCCAGAUCUUUCUCUCCUACUUCAUGCUCAAGAUAAUCUUCCAUCCACAUCAUCAAUUGUUGCAAUCAGAAAUUCCUCACUUUCUGAAGGUGAAGCUCUCAUUGAAUCUCGACCUCCAAGUCGUGAAGAACGAGUUCGUGAGGAUCGAAAAGAAUUGAGAACUUUACAAGAAGAAAAUGAAAUUCUAAUUGAACGAUUGCUUCAAGUGGAAAGAGAAUUAAAUGCUCAACUCAAAUCCGGAAUCACCAGAGCCAAUCGUUUCCGAGAUUUUGCCAUGUACCGUAACACAUAUCCACCAUUCCGUACUCCACCAGUCGCUCAUGCUCCCCCAACUCCUCCAUUCAGUGCUUCAUGUGGUGCUCAACCGUCAGGAACAUUUACAAAUCAACCUCCGAGCUUCGCCUCAAUAAAACCAAUUGCUCAGAAAAUCAUAAUGCCACCCGGAACCGAGAAUAAUUAUCAAGUGACACGUGUUCAGGAGGAGCUUGUCAGUUGGCUACGUGGAUUGGAAAUUGACGAACGAUCGAUUGCUCUGAUCGCCUCCGAAGCUUAUACAAAGAGCGAUAUGAUGGAUUUUGUGACAAGAGACGAGCUGCUCAGUAUUGGUGUUGGCGGAGGUUCAUCUUGUCGUAUAAUGCGUGCAAUUGGUGAAGUUCGUGAACGUCAACGCCGUCAGCCAGUCUUCCUGUCUCCAAUGCGAAGUCGAGAUGAUUCUUUGGAUGAUUAUCAUUCAAGCAGUGCCGAUGAUAUGUACACUGGCGCUGCUGCUGAAACUUCAUCUGGAAACUGAUUUUCUGUAGUUUCUCUGUUCUCUCUCUCUCUCUCUCUCUGGUCAUUUUUCUCUCUUCUAGUUUUUCUGUCUCUUUCUCUCAUUUUAUUGUGAUAUCUUUUCUCUCUCUCUCUCUCUCUCUCUCUCUCUAAUCCUCUGUUUCGUGUACAAAGUUUUCAGUUUCUUAAUUUGUUCUCUGAAAAUCAUCAAACCCCUCCAAAAUUUGCUUGCGUGUAGAACUUUUCAUUACAAACAAAAACCAAAUUGCUAGUGUCUUUCCUAUCCAACUACAUUAUAGAGAUUUCUAAUCUCAUGUCAAUUGUUUCAUGUAUCAUUCUACAAAACUCACACACAUCCGAAUCAUCAUAACUAUCAUAAUAAUAAGUUUUAUUAACCAAAAAUAAAUAAAUAUAUAUUUCAUGAUCGUU